CCACAGGAGAUGACCAGAGACUGCAGACAUAGUACAGGAGAUGACCAGAGACUGCAGACACAGUACAGGAGAUGACCAGAGACUGCGGACACAGUACAGGAAAUGACCAGAGACUGCGGACACAGUACAGGAAAUGACCAGAGACUGCGGACACAGUACAGGAGAUGACCAGAGACUGCGGACACAGUACAGGAAAUGACCAGAGACUGCGGACAGUACAGGAGAUGACCAGAGACUGCGGACACAGUACAGGAGAUGACCAGAGACUGCGGACACAGUACAGGAGAUGACCAGAGACUGCGGACACAGUACAGG